CAUAUAUACUAUCCUUCGUGUUUUUGAAUUCAUUGCUUCAAACUUUUGCAUUCCUUAGUGCCUUUCUGUUCAAGAUCAAUGGAGGCGAAGUUGUUGAGUGUUUCUUCUCCACCAUGGUUUGCCGUUAAUGGGACCACCAAGUGUUCAAGACCCAGUUUUGUUUUAACUUCACAAACCAGGAAAUUCCCCAUCUUUAAGCUCCAGGGCCCUGCAAGAUUGUCUGAGAAAGCAGUUCAGUCGGCUCAUGCUUCCACCAACUCAAUUGGAUCAACGACAACAAGGCUAAGGGUUGAUGAGAGCGAGAACUUGACCCUCGAGGCAGUGAGGUACUCCUUAAUUCGACAAGAGGACAGCAUAAUAUUUAGCCUUCUAGAGAGAGCUCAAUAUUGUCAUAAUGAGAAUACAUAUGACCCUGAUGCCUUUUCCAUGGAGGGGUUCCAAGGCUCUUUGGUCGAGUACAUGCUUAGAGAAACCGAAAAGCUUCAUGCUCAGGUUGGCAGAUACAUGAGCCCAGACGAGCAUCCAUUCUUCGCAGAUGAAUUACCAGAGCCCUUGUUGCCACCUAUGAAAUACCCUCAGGUACUACAUCCCAUUGCUGAUACAAUCAAUAUAAAUCCGAAAGUGUGGCAAAUGUACUUCACAGAUAUUAUUCCAAGAUUAGCAAAGGAAGGAGAUGACGGCAAUUGUGGAUCUACCGCCGUUUGUGACACCAUGUGUUUGCAGGCUCUUUCGAAGAGAAUUCAUUACGGAAAAUUUGUAGCAGAAUGUAAAUUCCGGACCUCUCCCGAUGCUUAUCAAGCUGCCAUUAGAGAACAGGACAGGGAUUUGCUGAUGAAGUUGCUGACAUUUCCCUCGGUCGAAGAAUCGAUCAAGAAAAGAGUAGAAACGAAAACCAGAACAUACGGACAAGUAGUGCAGGGUGAUAUAUGUAAAAACAACCGCGAUCCGGUAUACAAAAUAAACCCAAGCUUGGUAGCCGACUUAUAUGGCGACUGGAUCAUGCCGUUGACGAAGGAAGUCCAAGUCGAGUACCUGCUGAGAAGGUUAGACUGAUCCGAAGGAAUUUAAGCAGUUCAAUUUCGCUGUUAUGAUGAAACAGAAGUAUGUGAGAAAGGAUUCGGGGAUCAAAGUUUAUAGGUAAUCCAGUUCUCAUUGGCUGCGUUCAUAAAAAUGUUUGAUGUCAUACUGAUGAUGUUGUAAAUUGCAAUGUUUUUAUAAUAAUACAGGUACUGGAUAUUGUUAUAAUAAUGAUGAAAGAUCAUCCGGUACACGGACGAUACUGAGUUGUGUAAACUUUAAUUUAUAAAAGUCUGUUUAUCA